AUGGAGGUGGUCCUGAUGCAAGGGCUGCUGCUUUUUCUCCCCUUUGCAGCCCUCUUGCUCUACCAGUACAGUGCCACUGUCCAGUACUUCUGCAAGAUGGCCUUCUUCAACUGCUGGCUUGCAGCUAUGGCAACCUUCCUCUCCCCCUAUGCUGCUCUUCGGGGACGUACUGUGGAGAACAUGAAGAUCCUGCGUUCUGCUAUCCUGCCCCUCAAACACUGCUUUGGCAUCAAGAUUCGGGUGUUGGGAUCUGAGCAUCUCAACUUCAAGGAGCCCUAUGUGAUGGUUUGCAAUCACCAAGCUUCCCUUGACCUUAUGUGCAUGGUGGAGAUCAUGCCCGAUCGCUGUGUGCCCAUUGCCAAGAAGGAGCUCAUGUACAUGGGCACUGUGGGGUUGGCCUGUUGGCUCAGUGGCAUUAUCUUCAUCAAUCGCCAGAAAAGAGGAGACGCUAUCGAUGUCAUCACCCAGACCGCCAGGACCAUGCGGCAUGAGAACCUCCGGGUGUGGAUUUUCCCUGAAGGCACCAGGAACCAGGAUAAAUCCAUGCUGCCCUUUAAGCGUGGGGCCUUCCACUUGGCUGUGCAGGCUCAGGUUCCCAUUAUACCCGUCGUGAUCUCCCCAUAUGGGAACUUCUUCAGCUCCAAGGAUAAAAAAUUCAUCCCUGGGACAUGCACCAUCCGAAUCCUCCCUAGGAUAGAAACCCAGGGUUUGAGCCCAAAGAACGUCCCUGAUUUGACAGAGACUGUCCGCAUGGCCAUGGUUGAUGCCUUCUCUGAGAUGUCUUCAAAUACCUGUGGGAACCAGCAAUCCAAGCAGCCUGCCCUCCAAUGCAGUGUUGGGGCCAAUGCUCUUGAGGGGACAGGCAGCCCACGACAUGAGGAGGAUGUAACUGGGAUCAGCAACUAG